AUGUCUUCAGUUGCUAAAAUUCUUCGAGUGCUAAUAUUUCGUAUAUUCGUUUUUAUUUCUGGCGUUAACAGUUUAUCAAAUUCACAGCCAAUGGAUUACUACUUUGAUAAUGAUGAUGCGAGAAGUCAACCGGAUAGACCGAUAGAGUGGAAUACGGAAUAUAAAUACGGCAGAAACUAUAAACAUUCCGAAGGUCAGGAAUGGGGCACUGGCUACAACAAUCAGUACAGUACUGCAAAUAUGAAAAAAAGGCCGAAAUUGUUGCAAGUGGAAGUAUCACCUGCACGAUGGACAUCACCGCCUAACAUCGAUGAAUCUACUAAGAUGCAUGCAGCUGGAAUGUAUGAGGUGAAUGCUGGAUCGCAGCAUGCAAGCAUGUUACCAUCUAACAUUCUGAAAAAGCAAUUUCAAGAAAAAUUUGCUAGUGAUGUAGAAAAUUGGCAUAACUGGCCUAAAAAAAAUAUAACUUGGUCAAACUGGUUGUUCAAGCGGAAUCAGUAUGAGAAACAACAGGUACCGUGGUGGGAUACUAGCAACCAACCAAAACAAAAGCAACCAUUCUGGCCUGGCUCUAUAGGUUGGACAGGUGAUCUAGGUCCCUAUGGUGAAGUACCACCUCCUCCGUGGCUUUCUUAA